AUGUCUGAAGAAAAGCCUUCAUCAUCACUUCUCAAUUUAUUGCAUGAUAAUGCUCCUCCAACCACACCGAUCGUUAAGAAGAUAGCCGCUGGCCCCAUUGUUUCAAGGAAAUUUAAUAAACCUUCAAUUCCUGAGAACUAUCUUGCAAUUGCAAAUGCGUUCUUACUUACACCUGAUAUGACAGGGCCUUCCGAUACUCCGCUAUCUCAAGACGACCAACCAAAAUCAGAAAAUAGUGAAGUUGAAGUUGUUCAAGAAACCCGCUGUAUUUGUGGAUUGACACAUGGAUCAUCUGUACAGAUACAAUGUGAUUCUUGCAUGAAAUAG